AUGCCUCGGGGUUGGAGUAAGGGGUACCCUACCGCAGACCAGGAAAGGGAUGGAGAGCAGUAUGCUGGAACUACCAAUAAUUGGCGUUCGCUGAUGGAGAAGGGCUUAGCUGCUUCCUUCUUCCCAUUGCCUAUGUUUCAUGGACUGUGGUAUUUUCAGAAGCCAGGGGGAGAUAAAACAAAAUGGACAAAGAGGGGAGAAAUCAGAGUUCGAUCGGUAGCGGGAGCGGAGAGCGGACCCCGGAGAGCCCUGAGCAGCCCCGCCGCCGCCGGCCUAGUUACCAUCACACCCCGGGAGGAGCCGCAGCUGCCGCAGCCGGCCCCGGCCACCAUCACCGCAACCGUGAGCGGCGAGGCCGAGGCCCGGCAGCCGCCUGCCGCCCCCCGCCCCCCCCUCCGGGCCGCUCCCACCCUCAGCGCUGGCGACACCAAGCCCCGCACCACGGCACUCAUAUCGGCGGCGCCUGCCAGCGGGGACAAGAAGGUCAUCGCAACGAAGGUUUUGGGAACAGUAAAAUGGUUCAAUGUAAGAAACGGAUAUGGUUUCAUCAACAGGAAUGAGACCGAGGAAGAUGUAUUUGUCCACCAGACUGCCAUAAAGAAGAAUGACCCCAGGGAGCACCUUCGCCGUGUAGGAGAUGGGGAGACGGUGGAGUUUGAUGUUGUUGAAGGAGAAAAGGGUGCGGAGGCAGCCAAUGUCACAGGCCCUGGUGGAGUUCCAGUGCCAGGCAGUCACUAUGCAGCGGACCGUCACCACUAUAGACGCUGUCCACGUCCCAGGGGCCCUCCACGCACUGACCAGCAGAAUGACCAGGACAGUGAGAGUGGGGAAAAGAAUGAGGGAUCGGAGAGUGCGCCUGAAGGCCGGGCCCAAGGGCGCCGGCCCUACCGCAGGCCACGGUUCCCCCCUUACUACCUGCGGAGACCCUACGGGCGUCGACCACAAUAUUCCAGCCCUGCUGUGCAGGGACGCGUGCUGGAGGGUGCCGACCACCAGGGUGCGGGAGAACAAGGGAGACCAGUGAGACAGAAUAUGUAUCGGGGCUACAGGCCACGAUUUCGCAGGGGCCCUCCUCGCCCAAGACAGCCUAGAGAGGACGGCAAUGAAGAAGAUAAGGAAAACCAAGGAGAUGAGACCCAAGGUCAGCAGCCACCUCAACGUCGGUACCGCCGCAACUUCAAUUACCGACGCAGACGCCCAGAAAACCCUAAACCACAAGAUGGCAAAGAGACAAAAGCAGCCGAUCCACCAGCUGAGAAUUCGUCCGCUCCCGAGGCUGAGCAGGGCGGGGCUGCGUAAAUGCUGGCUUACCACCUCUACCAUCAUCCGGUUUAGUCAUCCAACAAGAAGAAAUGAAUAUGAAAUUCCAGCAAUAAGAAAUGAACGAAAGAUUGGAGCUGAAGACCUUAAGUGCUUGCUUUUUGCCCGUUGAUCAGAUGACUAGAACUAUCUGCAUUAUCUAUGCAGCAUGGGGUUUUUAUUAUUUUUAUCUAAAGACGUCUCUUUUUGGUAGUGACAAACGUGUUUUUAAAAAAAAAAUAAGCCUGGUUUUUCUCAAUACACCUUUAAAGGUUUUUAAAUUGUUUCAUAUCUGGUCAAGUUGAGAUUUUUAAGAACCUCAUUUUUAAUUUGUAAUAAAAGUUUACAACUUGAUUUUUUCAAAGAAGUCAACAAACUGCAAGCACCUGUUAAUAAAGGUCUUAAAUAAUUAAAAAAAAAAAAAAAAAAAGACGGAGAAAUCAAUAAGAAAUAACACACCCAGCCAGAAAAGCA